UCCUAUUCGAUUCCCUAUCGCUGCGGCGCGGACCCAGGCUGAUCUUAACCUACAUCGUUCACGAACUUUAAAGCAACUCGAACGGUGAUUGGCAACAUACACGAUUAUUAAAGCAACUCGUAGGCACAACUUCGAUUUUGCGGUAGGCCGGCCCUUCGGCUCGGGAGGCGAACACGACAGAGACCAACGAAACCCCAGUAAAGAGAAAGAGGGGCGAGAGGAUACGGACAGAGAGAGAGAGAUGGGGGCGAAGCUUCGGUACGCGAUGGUGUGCUCCUCGAACCAGAACCGGAGCAUGGAGGCGCACGCGCUGUUGAAGCGGCAUGGGUUCGACGUGUCGUCCUACGGGACGGGGGCGCACGUCAAGCUCCCCGGCCCGUCGCUGCGGGAGCCCAACGUAUACGACUUCGGCACCCCCUACAAGUCCAUGCACGACGAACUCCGCCGCAAAGAUCCCGACUUGUAUAAGCGCAAUGGGAUACUGCCGAUGCUCAAGCGGAACCUCGGCGUCAAGAACGCGCCGCAGCGGUGGCAGGACAAUGCCGCAGAUGGCUGUUUCGACGUCGUCGUCACUUUCGAGGAGAAGGUCUUUAAUAUUGUCAUUGAAGACCUUAGUAAUCGGAAACAAGUGUUGAUAAGAAGUGUACUGCUCAUCAACUUGGAGGUUAAAGAUAAUCACGAAGAAGCUGCCACCGGUGGCAAGCUCACUUUGGAAUUAUGUCAAGAGCAAACAGGUUUAGAGCUUUGAGGUGUCAUUUGUUAGAUCAUGGGCACAACAGUCUGCUCUUUAUUGAAGUUCUCUUUCUCUUUUUCUUUGUUAUUUCCACUAUUGCGGCACAUUAACUGUAUCGACAGGUUCCAUGCCAAGAUGUAAUUUCUGCAUUGAACAAAAUUCCCUCAUACUUCAAGAACUUAAAACCAUAAAUUCAAUGCAAAACAAUCUUUUGAGUAGUGUCCACACAAAUAUUUAAUUAUCAAAUCACAUUUGCCUUGAUAAAGUGACUUGUCUUGACUGAUGUGCGCCUUAUGUAGUUUAAUACUUCUAAUCAGAUCAGGGUUCCCAUGACUUCUCUUUUCUUUGAAUACCCAUGUGGUUUAAUAUUCAAGGAACUAAUCUUACCUAACCUUCAACAGAUUUGUCCACUUGACAGAUCUGCAUUUACCUACGCACUUGAAUAGAAGGCGGGUGGUUCUUAACUUUGCAAUGCCUUCAAUUGAGUGUGGGUGCUGGGGAUCAAGGUUGAUCAAUAAGAACUGGCCAACACUCAACACACCACCAAGCCAAUUCUUAACAAUUUGUUUACCUCAAAAGGAAAAGGGAAGCAAAGAACAUUGAUGGCUAUCACCUAUAGCAAUUCGACUAGGGGAAGGAGAAGGAGAAUACGAAGGAGAAAACCAUAAAUUCUGCAUUGAAGUUCUCUUUCUCUUUUUCUUUGUUAUUUCCACUAUUGCGGCACAUUAACUGUAUCGACAGGUUCCAUGCCAAGAUGUAAUUUCUGCAUUGAACAAAAUUCCCUCAUACUUCAAGAACUUAAAACCAUAAAUUCAAUGCAAAACAAUCUUUUGAGUAGUGUCCACACAAAUAUUUAAUUAUCAAAUCACAUUUGCCUUGAUAAAGUGACUUGUCUUGACUGAUGUGCGCCUUAUGUAGUUUAAUACUUCUAAUCAGAUCAGGGUUCCCAUGACUUCUCUUUUCUUUGAAUACCCAUGUGGUUUAAUAUUCAAGGAACUAAUCUUACCUAACCUUCAACAGAUUUGUCCACUUGACAGAUCUGCAUUUACCUACGCACUUGAAUAGAAGGCGGGUGGUUCUUAACUUUGCAAUGCCUUCAAUUGAGUGUGGGUGCUGGGGAUCAAGGUUGAUCAAUAAGAACUGGCCAACACUCAACACACCACCAAGCCAAUUCUUAACAAUUUGUUUACCUCAAAAGGAAAAGGGAAGCAAAGAACAUUGAUGGCUAUCACCUAUAGCAAUUCGACUAGGGGAAGGAGAAGGAGAAUACGAAGGAGAAAAGACAAAAAAAAAAACCUAUGAACUGCAAUGUUGACUAUAAAUUGGGAAGGAACCACUUUCAACGCUUGUGGCCACCACCAUGUGAAACAAAAAGGAAAUGACAAUGAGAGAGGGGAUAGGAGUGAUGAGAACAGCUCCUAGCCUCAUGAAGGGAUAGGAAUGCUAUGACAUAAAACAUGACAGGAAAAGGGAAAUGCUACAUUUGAGCAAUUUCACUGUAGAGUUCUUUUUAUUUGAUAUUGCAUUAGCUAAUAUUUCAGAGCAAUGUUUCAAUUUUCGUUUUGAAGCUCAUAUCGGUCAGGCCGUCUGAUACUUAAUGGUAGGCUUCAAUUUUCAGUCUGAGACCCAUAUAGGUCCCUGGCUAAUUGAUAUGGGUUUGGUACAUACCAGCAUAUUAGCACAUGGUAUGCCAACGGACAAAUCUACACGGUCCAAAUAGAAAGAGGGAGAGAAGAGUGGAGGAGGACGCUUGAAAUCUAGUUUUUCAAAUCUAAAAGAAAACUAAGUAACACUCUGUUGCAAAAGAAGACUUGAAAAUAAACCUGUUGUUGAUAGUUGUGGCUGUUCAGAACUCCAAAUUAAAGAAAAAAAUAUAAAAAAUAACUUUGUUUUGAAUUGGACAUGGCAAAAUCACUUUGUCUAGUUGCUGGUCUGAUCCAGUUGUCGGUCCUUGGUCGAUAAAUUCCAAUUUGUACAUAUUGGUUCGGCUGAUUUUCUUUCAUACUUCAUAGUGAUGGAGAUCAUUGAGGCCACAUGGGGGUCAUUGCUAUUUUUGAAAUUGUAGAUAAGUUUUUGGUUUUUGUAUGGCAUACAUAUAAAGGUUAUUUACUAUAAUAAUAUUUUUGUAUGAUAUCCUUUUAUCUUUUUUAUUUUAGUUCUUUUUUUAAGUUGAUCUUAUGGAAUGAAAGUGAAAAUGUCUUUUCACGUGUAUUUUAUUAGUUUCUGACAUUCACUUUCUGAUUUUUUGUAUUUUUUACUGUUUUUGUGAUUUUCACUAUGUUUGGAUUUUACAUUAUUUUCUCACCAAUUACAAUCUCAUUUAGGUGUUCUUCGUAUCUCACCAUUCUUGGUCAUAUCACCCUUUGCAAAUCCCUAUCUUGAUUCCAUGAAGCUUGGGAUAUAGAUGGAUAAAGGAGUUGAGAAGUAGGGUAUAUAAGAUGGGGAGAUGUGUGCAAAGGAGUUGAGAAGCUAACAGUAACUUCUUCGAAUGUUUAAUAUUGCACAGACAUGUUUAAGGAGACUUGUAAAGGAGUUGAGAAGCUACCAGUCACUUUAGUGUUCCUCGAGCAACUUGGAUAUUAAGGAGACAUGUUUAAUUGGUCAAUUCAUUAUCUUUGUUAUCUUUUGUUUUUCAAGAAUGAAAUUGGACUAGUACUUCAUGCUAGGAGAGUCUUUAGAUGUUAAGGUUCUUGGAGAAAGGAGGUGGCUCAAUAGGGAUAGUGAAAAUGAAUCUCUCGAUAAAUCAUGUUGAGAUUUGGCUUGUUAUUUUAACUAGUAGACUGAUUUGGUCUUGAAUAAAGAAAAAACAGGCAGGAUAUCAUUUGAACAAAAAUGAAAUCUUUUCUUGUGUGUGUGUGUGUGUGUGUGGAGAGGCAUCUAUCAAACCACAUUUUAUUUGCUCUCUUUUCACAGAAUGUCAUACAUGGACAAAAUAACAAAUUCUAGAGAGCGACAACAAAUCAAUGUAUUUGUUAAAAAUAAAUACUUCAGUUAAGAAGAAGAGAAACAAAUGUUCUAAAGAAAUGUAGUGUGAAACUUGACUUCAUCAUGUUAUUUGCAGAAGAAUUCUUUUGGUCUGAAACAAGGAAAAGAUAAAUUAUACACUUUAAUUUCCCUUUCUGUCACUGAGUAUAACCAAGUUGAUCAAUUGCAAACUAAGCUCUCAUAAGUCAUCAGAGAAUUCAGAUGUGGAGAAAGACCAUUUUGAACAAUAAUAUGCCUGAAGAUAAGGCAAAACAUAUACAUAAUCAAUCCUUUAACAAUGUCCUCAUAUUUUGUUAUUUCAUGAUGUUAUGUGAAAACUGCCUUACCGUGCAUGUAAAUUUGCCUAUCGCAAGUUAUUUCAAUGAAAAAUGUCAUGUUUGUAUUAGACAUCCUGUUCUUUAAUUUUCUCUUAAUAUGAUAUCUCAUUCGUCAUUUACAACAGUGUCUAUACAGUAAAUCACUGUCAGAUUAAAUUUUUUAGUAUAUGUUAAUCUAUCUUUUUUGGUAAAAUCUCUAGUUCUUUGACAAUAUUUCAUGUCUGGCAUAAUGGCCACUGAGAUUACAGAGUAAAUAUAAAUAAUUUCCAAGCCCAGUUAGCUACUUGAUCUUUUGCUUAUAUCAGUGGGAAAAUACUGGUGGAUGGUUACUAUUAUCCUCUACAUAGUAAAGUGCGCCUACUAUUAAAAAUUAUGUGAAAUCUAAUUUUCAUUGUUUGUGAAUAUGAAAUGGACAUCUGCAAUACCAUUUAGCU